AUGGCGGAUAUCGUAUCGCCUCGGGCGUUAACAUCUGAACUCUCACCUUAUAUCGUCAUAGCAACACAGAGUUCACUAUCAGUAUCAUCCCUCAAUGGUGAACAGAAAGAAGAGGUUUACAGUGUAAACCGGGAUAUUGCAGACAUUGAUUGGUUUGAAGAUAGUAUUUACUGGUCUACUUCUGAUGGUUCUGUUUAUUAUAUGAACAAAUCAUGUUUAAAUGAUAGCUUAACUAAGGUUGAAUUAGAUACAGUUAAAGCCAUUGCAGUUGAUUGGUUCUCUGGUAUGUUAUAUUGGGUCAACCACAAACAUAGUGUGAUAUAUCGAUCUUUAGUUUUUGAAGAUGGAACCCUGUUUGAUACAGAGCAUGUGAUGACAUCGUCUGCCACAGACCUAGCAAUAGAUUCUAUGCAUGCAUAUUUGUACUGGACUACAUUGAAAACAGUAGAGUGUUCAAGGCUGAAUGGAGACAAUCAUUUUACGUAUCAAACAUCACCUGACUUCAGUGGGGAAACUAUAAUUGGAUUAACACUCAACUUUGAUGAUGACAAACUAUAUUGGUUUGUUCAUACAUCUCUUGGGCUGCAGUUGUAUCAGUCAGAUUUAGCACAUCGCAGUGUUCAUCUAGUUGCAACAGUAAAGAAAUUAUUUCUGGUGAAUUCAUCUACAAUGACACCUGCUUUGCAUUACUAUAGCAACAGACUGUUCUGGUUAAAUGAAUAUCAUCAUGUUGUUAUCAGUACAUUGUCCAGUGAUGACAUUGCAGUCAUGCCAUUUAGCAAUGAAGUCUUUGCUCUUGGUAUUAUUCAAUCUACACUACACCCAGUACCUG